GCAACACUGUUUCAAAAUAUUUACCGUCGCAUUAAAUUAAUAGCAACAACUAAUAUUAUUAAUUAUUAUUAUUACGCCGGAGAAAAUGUAAAGAUGUUAAAUUACUUAAAGAGGCAAGCAAGCCGACGUCUCAGCAGCCAAGAUGCCACGGAUGCCAACUGUGCCCAAGCCAGCGAUGAUGUGGACACCAUCGAUGGAGCACACAAACGUCAUUCUCUGCGAUCCACAACAAGUUUUUGCGACGAAGUAUUCCUUGAGGCGUCGGAAGAGGGCGGUGGGGGUGGCGUGGGAUUCGGAGAAGUUGCCACUGGUAUCUCCUCCGAUGGAAUCAGCCUCUCUAGCAAUAGCAACGAUGACAUUUUCACCUACAGUUCGCGCCUCUCAAUGAACCUGGCUUCGAUCGUCAGCGAGCCCAACUGCCUGAGCUUUUUUGUGCAGUAUCUGGACACCCGACAAGGCCUGCCUCUGAUUAAAUUCUAUCUGGACAUUGAGAACUUCAAGCGGGCGGCACGCACGCAGGAGAAAGAGGAGCCAGAGGAACCUCCCACAAUGACGGAACAAUCUUCUCCGAACAAAGAUGACAACUAUGUACCUGAACUGAAGACGCUAUGCGAUCUGUCCAUGCGAAAACCCCUCACGGACGACGAAAAGAGCCGGAUUUAUGCGGAGACCAACAAACAGAUCAACAGGCAGAAGACCGGGACGGAAUGUGUCCCAAAUUCCGAACUUUCCCGGGCCAGCAUUAGCGACGCCAUUGCCAUCUAUCAGAAAUAUCUGAUAGUCAAUGCCAGCCUGCAAGUGGAUCUGCCCAUCGUCAUACUAGCGCACAUAUCGCUGCUCCUGUGUGGAAGGGACAAAUCUGAAUGUAGUAAGCCAAUCCCAGCCAGCUGCUUUGAUGAGGCCAGGGAGUUUGUGCUGGAGCAACUGGAACGGGAUCAUUUGCAGGGAUUUCUGCAGAGUGGCUACUAUUCCACCUACUGCUUGGAGUUGGUCGAAGGCGGUUCCAUUAACAUCUACGAUGUCCUGAACAGCGAACUGGCGUUAUUUUACUUUACCGAGUACCUGGAACAGCGGCAAGAGCGUGAAUGUCUGGAGUUCUGGAUCACGGGCAUUAACUUUCGAAAAAGCUUUGCUUCUGGCGAAGAAAAAGAGGAGGAUUGCAAGGCUGCCCAAAGCGAUGCCAUGAUCAUAUACGACAGAUACUUCUCGCUGCAAUCCGAUUGUCGUCUCUGGAUGUCCCAGAAGCUGCGCUCAAGGGUGGAACAAGCCAUCUGCGCUCCAAGCGAACAGUGGCAAGCCUUUGAUUUGGCCCUCUUGGUAACGGCCAAGUAUCUGGAGCAAAAGUACUUUGCUAGCUUCUUAAAAUCCCAAAUAUUUGAUAACUAUGUGAAUGAACUGAAGGUUAAAAGAGAUAACUACACCGCUCACUCCAACAUACAGCAAAAGUUGAGUCUGCGGAGAACUGGGAAAACUUCCAAUGCCCAGCAGCGUCAUCGCAAGACCCUAUCCAUGUCGGACUGCACGCACAUUUCGCAGCACAACACACUGCUCGCUUCGAUGGAUACGCUGCCAUCGAAAACGUCGAUCAGUCAGCAGUCUGGAAAUCUUAAUAUCGACGCCAGGCAGUUAACCAAUCCCCAACUACUGUGGCAGCGUCCUGUGGGUGCACUUAAAUUCGGAUUUGUUAACUCUUUAGGACGCUAUGAGCGGGACUUUGAGGCCGUGGAUGCAGUAACUCUCAAAUCACAACCAUGGUCACUGAGUGUCAGCGGAAACAAAAUCAAAAAUGCAAUGCGCAAGCUGGUGAAUCUGCCGGAGGAUAAUGUGCAAGAGGAGAUCGCCUGGCAAGUGGCCGAAAUGAUUGUCAAGGAUGUUACGAGUGUCACACUCAGUGGCAAGACAUCUCCGCUGGCCUAAUGUGCUUCACUAUUAUUGAAUUUAUUUCCCAUUUUAUUCUCAUUUUUAAAUUAUUAUUUUUACGCUCAAAUCAAUGCGAGAAUCUCCAUACAAUGUGCACAAAUGGAAGUCGCAAAAGAAGCUCUCUUAUACUACUCGUCUCUCUUAUGUACAAAAUAUGUUGAACAAAUCAAACAUUUUAUCUUAACUUAUUUUCGUUAAUGCUGUAGGCUUUGAAAGCUUAUUAACUGAAUUAUCGCUCGCUCAUUUGUUAUUUAAAGCAACAAAACCCAAAUCUCAAAUAUUAAGAUGAAGCUAAAUCGCUUUUGAGUCUACUUCAUUCCUCUAAACUAUGAUUUAUCAUUUGUAACAUAGAGUGUAUAUGAAUAUUUUUGCAUACUGAUUAUAACUACAAAGAAAAAUGUAUUGUUAUUAAUAAACUUUUUCUAUAAUCAA